AAAAAAAAUCUCAAACCCGAUCAGCCGAUUGUCGUACUCGGUGCACGCCAGUUCCGAUUCGCCCGCCCGCAGCUCAGUCUCGCACGAGUUCUACCCGCAACUGAAAGGUCCGCCGCUGCAAAUCGUUCGAUAAGAUGUUUGCCCGUGCCGUGAAAACUGCCGCCUGCCAGGGUGCGAAAAACUUUUCCACCACCAGCCAGAACAAUGUUAAGGUGGCCGUUUGCGGUGCGUCCGGUGGUAUCGGCCAGCCGCUGUCGCUGCUGCUGAAGAACAGCCCGCUGGUGACGGAACUGUCGCUGUACGACAUCGUCCACACGCCCGGUGUGGCCGCCGAUCUGUCGCACAUCGAAACCCAGUCGAAGGUGACCGGCUACAAUGGGCCGGAAAAUCUGGAGAAGGCCCUGAAGGGUGCCGACAUCGUCAUCAUUCCGGCCGGUGUGCCCCGCAAGCCCGGCAUGACCCGUGACGAUCUGUUCAACACGAACGCGUCGAUCGUGCGCGACCUGGCGGCCGGCUGCGCCAAGGCCUGCCCGAAAGCGCUGAUCGGUAUCAUCUCGAACCCGGUCAACUCGACCGUACCGAUCGCUUGCGAUACGCUGCAGAAGGCGGGCGUGCUGGACCCGCGCCGUGUCUUCGGUGUCUCCACGCUGGACAUUGUGCGCGCGAACACGUUCGUCGGUGAGGCGGCCGGUGUCGACCCGCAGAAGAUGAGCGUUCCCGUCAUCGGUGGCCAUUCCGGUGUCACCAUCAUCCCGGUGCUGUCCCAGACGAAGCCGGGCGUGAACUUCCCGCAGGACAAGAUCACCGCCCUGACCGAGCGCAUCCAGGAGGCCGGUACGGAGGUGGUGAAGGCGAAGGCCGGUGCCGGUUCGGCCACGCUGUCGAUGGCUUAUGCCGGUGCCCGGUUCGCACUCGCGCUGGCCCGUGCCAUGAACGGCGAGCAGAACGUGAUCGAAUGUGCGUACGUUCGAUCGGACGUGACGGAGUCGAAGUACUUCGCGACCCCGCUGCUGCUCGGCAAGAAUGGGCUGGAGAAGAACCUGGGACUGCCGAAGCUGAACGCUUACGAGCAGGAGCUGCUCAAGAAGGCCAUCCCGGAGCUGAAGAAGAACAUCCAGAAGGGAGAGGAGUUUGUUAAGAAGAACUAAGCUUUGAAUGAUGGAAGAAGACAUACCUUUUUUGUUUGAAAGGCGACUCGGAGCUGAAGGAUAGCUACGUAGAUUGGUUCUUGUAGAGCAUUUGUCUAACCUUCAACGCAAAUCCAUCGCGAACCAAAGUGUUUUCUUAUCAGUUUGCCGCCAUCAAACUCGUAGCUACAAGCGCCAUUCAUUCAGCAGCGGAAAACAAACCACAAUACCCUCACGAAUAACAUAACAAUAAAACUUGCGGCCAGUGAACAACAAAUGCAUACCGCGCUCUGAGUCGUGUGUAUUUGCAAUCAGUCUAGCAAACAGCAAUCCGGCAUCGUGUGUAGACUUCGGCGCGAGACGCACGGGAACGCGUCUAAGCGAAAUAAAGCGUAAUUUAUUUGGUACAAAACUAGCACACUUAAUCAAAA